AUGUAAGACCAACGUGCAUCCUCACUGGACUCCCCAGCUGCCACUCCGUUGAAUGGCUUUACCUCCUGAGCAAAAGGGUCUUAUACGUUCCUGCGAGUGGGGAUGUUUUCGUCUGUGGCGGCACGGAGGCCGCAGUGGUUCAGUUGUGGCGGCCUGUGUUGAACACGGCGGGCGUUUGAUCAGCUCGGAGUCGGAGUGAGGCAGGCGGGAUCGCAGAAGCUCCGGUGAAAAGUUUAUCUCGGUCAAGCAGUUUCUUCAGGAGAAACAUGGCCUCUCUGUGAACCGAAGAGGCGGAGUGGAUCUGCGCUGCUGUAGGAGAUGAACGUCAUAAGGCGUCACUCCUGAGUCUUACUUGCGAGCCAUAAUGGGGGACUGGAAUUCGCUGGGGAAGCUGCUGGAGAGCGCCCAGGAGCACUCAACCGUUGUGGGCAAAGUUUGGCUGACAGUCUUGUUCAUUUUCCGCAUCCUGGUGCUGGGAUCCGCCGCUGAGAAGGUUUGGGGCGACGAGCAGUCGGGCUUCACCUGCGACACCAAGCAGCCCGGUUGUCAGAACGUCUGCUACGACAAGACCUUCCCCAUUUCCCAUAUCCGCUUCUGGGUGUUGCAGAUCAUCUUUGUCUCCACGCCAACGCUCAUUUAUCUGGGCCACAUCCUUCACCUGGUCCGCAUGGAGGAAAAGGAGGUGCAGAAAGAAAAGGACCUCGCCACCGACGAGGAAAUGCACGAGCAGUUACACGCGACCAAAGCCAAGAAGGCCUCGGUCAAAGACAAACAGGGCCACGUGCGCUUAAAAGGGGCACUUUUGCGAACCUACGUCUUCAACGUCAUUUUUAAGACCCUGUUUGAGGUGGCUUUUAUCGUCGCCCAGUACUUCCUGUACGGUUUUGAGCUAAAGCCCAUGUACACCUGCGACCGCUGGCCUUGCCCUAACAUGGUGAACUGCUACAUCUCUCGACCCACCGAGAAGACCAUAUUCAUCCUGUUCAUGCUGGCCGUGGCCUGCGUCUCCUUGCUGCUCAACCUGGUGGAAAUGUACCAUCUAGGCUUCACAAAGUGCCACCAGGGCCUCAGUUACAGACGGGCGCGGGCUGCUCGCGAGGCUCCGAAGGCCUUAAACGAGGCUGUCGUGCCGUACGUCACCGACUACAGCUUCUUUUCGGGUCACGCCGCGGUGCCUAGUCCUUUCCCCGUGGACUCAAAGUACAGCGCGGCAGCGCCCAACGCCGCCUACAGCCCCUACAACAGCAAAGCGGUUCACAAGCAGAACAGAGACAACAUGGCCGUGGAGAGAAAAGGCAAACCAGAGGGAGACGAGGCGAAGGAGAGCAAAAUCUCAGGCCCCGUUUCUGAGUUGCCCGGCGAACAUCAGCGCAGAAACAGUCAGUCAAGCAAACACAGCAACAACAAGAGCAGGCUGGAUGACCUGAAGAUCUAGUGACACUGUUUUUUCAUUUGCGAAGGAGUAUUGAAGACUUUUACUGCCAAUACUAUUAAGUGGAUACAAGAUUUGACAGCUUUGAAAAUGCACAACAUGCGAGGUGCCAUUAGAAACAGGACGAAGGCUUCGUGAUCCGAUUUUUUCAGAAGGAAACCUGAGGGAUUGAGUAAAACUGUGUGAUGCACGGUCAAAGUUUGCAGUAAAAAGCUGCUG